AACUAUUGUCCCACUGUUUUGAGUAAGAGUGGUGCUAAAAAUAACCAGCCAUGGCUUACACCCUUCAAGGUGGUACUAAGAAGAAGGUCUGCUACUAUUACGACGGUGACAUUGGAAACUACUACUAUGGACAAGGGCAUCCAAUGAAACCUCACAGAAUCCGCAUGACUCAUAACCUGCUUUUAAACUAUGGCCUUUACAGAAAGAUGGAAAUAUAUAGACCACAUAAAGCCACUGCUGAGGAGAUGACAAAGUAUCACAGUGACGAUUACAUCAAGUUCCUGCGCUCCAUCCGCCCAGACAAUAUGUCUGAGUUUAGCAAACAAAUGCAGCGAUUCAAUGUUGGAGAAGACUGUCCGGUGUUUGAUGGUCUUUUUGAAUUCUGCCAGCUUUCAACUGGAGGAUCUGCUGCUGGAUCUGUGAAGCUUAACAGGCAGCAGACCGACAUUGCCAUUAACUGGGCUGGUGGACUUCACCAUGCCAAGAAGUCUGAAGCAUCUGGAUUCUGCUACGUCAAUGACAUCGUCCUCGCUAUCUUGGAGCUUCUUAAAUACCACCAAAGAGUUCUCUACAUUGACAUUGACAUUCACCAUGGAGACGGGGUGGAGGAAGCCUUCUAUACCACUGACCGAGUCAUGACUGUGUCCUUCCACAAAUAUGGGGAGUACUUCCCUGGCACUGGAGACCUCAGGGAUAUUGGUGCAGGAAAAGGCAAGUACUACGCAGUCAACUUCCCACUGAGAGACGGCAUUGAUGAUGAGUCCUAUGAGCAGAUAUUCAAGCCUGUGAUGUCCAAGGUGAUGGAAAUGUACCAGCCAAGUGCAGUGGUUCUGCAGUGUGGUGCUGACUCUCUCUCUGGAGAUCGCUUGGGCUGCUUCAACCUCACCAUACGUGGUCAUGCAAAAUGUGUGGAGUACAUGAAGUCCUUUAACUUACCCCUGCUAAUGCUCGGUGGAGGUGGGUACACCAUCCGUAACGUGGCACGCUGCUGGACCUAUGAAACGGCUGUCGCUCUGGAUACAGAUAUUCCAGAUGAGCUUCCGUAUAAUGACUACUUUGAGUACUUCGGCCCUGACUUCAAGUUGCACAUCAGUCCGUCCAACAUGACCAAUCAGAACACACAGGAAUACAUGGACAAGAUCAAGCAGCGUCUGUUUGAGAACCUGCGCAUGUUGCCACAUGCCCCUGGCGUCCAGAUGCAGGCCAUUCCAGAGGACAGUAUCCCUGAUGACACAGUGGAUGAAGAUACAGAGGACCCAGACAAACGCAUGUCCAUCAGAGCAUCUGACAAAAGGAUAGCCUGUGAUGAAGAGUUCUCUGACUCUGAGGAUGAAGGAGAAGGCGGAAGGAGGAACGUGGCCAAUCAUAAAAAGGGAGCGAAGCGGGCCCGUGUGGAGGAGGACAAGAAGGAGGGAGAAGAAAAGAAAGUUGAAGUGAAAGAAGAGGAGAAAUCUAAGGAAGGCAACACAGAGAAGACAGACACAAAGAGUGUAAAAGCUGAGCAGACGAGCAGUGCCUGAUGUGGCCAUAAGAGGGCGUGCUGUCUCAAAGUUGAGGAAAACCACCUUCCAUCUUGCCUCCCGCUUUGACCUCCACACCCAUCACAGCAUCAUAUUUAUUACCAAUGUGUGUGUGUCAUAGAUGUAUGUUUCAUGAGAGUUUAGUGGGGAGGGGGGUGUCUGUGUUUUUUGGUUUCUUUUUUUUUUUUUAUAAUCCAAUGGAUAGUAUUGAAGUUGAUGU